AUGGCCAAUGCACUGAUUUGCCACGGAAUUCUUAGCCUUAUCGGAGUUCUUGUACUUUCAUUUUUCGCAACAGGAUUGGCGGAUUUAAAAUGCCGAUUCCCCGAAAUUAAUGAUUUUCAAAAUCUUUUACGUCGACGAAACAACUCUCCAACAAUUCCUCAACAACACGAAAUUGAACUACCGCAACAACACUUUCAUCCAGAGCCAAGUCAACCUCAUCAAUAUGAAGGAAAUCCACAAUAUUACUAUGGAAAUCCAGAAAAUCAAAAUGUGGUUAUAGGAAUACCAGUAAACCAUCCUUAUUUCCGUUACAAACGAAGUAUUCAUAAAACGCAAAAAGGUUGUUUCUUAUUUUAA